AGAAGUAUGAAAAAUAUAACAUGUUUGUCUUCAUUUUUUUCUUCUCCAAAUGAUCAACAUAUUUCACUUAAAGCAUUUACUAAUGCUCCAUCCAUAAUUAUGGAUGAUGAAAAAGAAAUUAUAUCUCAAAAGGCCAAUAAUGGUAUAGGUAUUGUUGAGUUUUUUGAAGGGAAGAACAUUCUUGUCACUGGUGGUACAGGGUUUCUUGCAAAAGCUCUUAUUGAAAAGAUGUUGAGAACAACACCAAAAAUAAACAAGAUCUACAUCCUCAUCAGAGCAAAGGAUAAAGGAGCUGCAUUUAACAGAUUAAAAAGUGAAAUUAUAGAGUCAAAAUUAUUCAAAUGUCUAGAAGAAAUGCAUGGUGAAUAUUACAAGCCAUUCAUAUUGAAUAAAUUAAUUCCUGUGGUUGGAAAUAUAUAUGAGCCAAAUCUUGGUAUGGAUAUUAUUACUUCUCAACAAAUUGCUCAACAAAUUGAUUUGAUCAUUGACUCAGCAGCAAACACCACAUUUGAUGAGAGGUAUGAUUUAGCUCUUGAUGCUAAUGUGAAUGGUCCAUAUCAACUCAUGAUGUUUGCCAAAAAAUGCAAGAACCUUAAACUUCUUAUGCAUUAUUCCACAGCAUAUGCUAAUGGAGAAAGAGAAGGAUUAAUAUUGGAGAAGCCUUUUACCAUGGGAGAAAGCAUAACAAAGGAAAAAAUCACUUCAAUUUCUUCUUUUACUAAUUUUCCAUCAUUGCAUGUUGACAAUGAAAUGGACUUAGUUUCAAAAUUGAAGAACAAUAUUACAAAUAAUAUUGGUUUGGAGCAAAUAAUGAAGAAUUUAGGAGUUGAGAGGGCAAAGUUAUAUGGAUGGCAAGAUACAUAUACAUUCACAAAGGCAAUUGGUGAAAUGAUGAUAAAUAGUAUGAGACAUGAAAUUCCAAUACUUAUUCUUCGACCCUCCAUAAUAACAAGUAGCUAUAAAGAGCCUUUUCCAGGAUGGAUACAAGGAUACAGGGUAAUUGACCCUUCAAUUUUUCUAUAUGGAAAAGGGGAACUUCCUGCAGUAUAUUGUGAUCAAAAUACUCUUAUGGAUGUGAUUCCAGUUGAUCUAGUUGUAAAUGCAACAAUGGCUGCUAUUGCAAAGCAUGGAUAUUUGCAAAGUCCACAAUUAAAUGUGUAUCAUUUAGCAACAACAUUUGUGAAUCCUCUUGCAAUACAUCAAAUUUUUGACUAUUGCUAUGAAUAUUUCACUUUAUUUCCUUUUGUUAACUCAAAAGGGGAUAAAAUUGAGGUUAAGGAAAUGAAAUAUUUUGAUAAAAUAUCAGAUUUCUCAAAUUAUAUUUGGGAGGUACUAUCCAAGCAGCAUAAGGUACAAGAUUUAAGUGAAAAAGAGUUGUUGAAGAUUCAUAUGAGAUUUAAAAGGAAAGUGGAAUUUCUCAACAACUUUAGCAAGCGCUAUGAACCAUAUGGUUUCUAUAGAGGAAGGUUUCACACUGGCAAUAUGAGGAUUUUAAUGGAAGAAAUGUCUGAAGAAGAGAGAAAAAACUUUGAGAUUGAUGCAUCAAACAUAAAUUGGAAAGAUUAUUUAAUAGGAAUUCAUAUUUCUGGUGUGAGAAAACAUGUAUUUGAAGGCAAAAAAUUAUGUAUUUGAAGGCAAGAAAUAGAAUUAUGUGAAAUGAUAUCAAUUGUGUGAAAUGGUUGUAUUGUGUGUUUUUUAUUCUAUAAAAUGAUUUGAUAUGA